AUGGACAUCACUGCUUCCCCACUUCGCAAGCACAUAAAGGCAUCCCCCGAUUGUCCUUCUCUUCCGUCUUCCAAGACAACCAACGGACAUCUAUCCUCUUUCAUCAUGCCGCCCUACGUACACACUGGCCCAGUCGAUUGCUCCCAGGACGCAGACUGCAGCUCCUUGGCGGGCAAAACCGCCAUCGUCACAGGCGGUGCCAACGGCCUUGGUGAAGCCUAUGUGCGCGCUCUCGUCGCAGCCGGUGUCUACGUCUGUAUCGGUGACAUCGACACACAGAAAGGUCCGAAACUUGAAGCCGAGCUACCAGGGUAA